GCUAUUGUGUAAAGUAACUAUUCUACUGGAAGACGCUUCUAUUUCAAGGUUCCAUAUGUGAUUGAAACGAUCAAACUCGUAAGCCUCGUCAAGCACGUUGAUUAAAUCACAUCACCGUUUCCAUGACUAAUUUAUUUCCACAAGUAGAGAAGAUUACAGCCAUUGGAAAAUUCUCUUCUUACUUGCUAUUAAUAGCUCAUAUUCAUUAGCGACUUGUAGGCAAGUUCAGUAUGUUAAUUAUUUGGUUCUUUCUAGUGUCUUGCGUGAGAACUUCCACUUCAACAGAUCGGUUGGGAACGGGUCAAUCUAUGAGAGAUGGUGAGACCUUAGUUUCGGUUGAUGGAAGCUUUGAACUGGGUUUCUUCAGUCCUAAACCUAGUACAAGUCGGUAUUUGGGUGUGUGGUACAGAGAUGCAUCAAGAAACCCAACAGUAGUGUGGGUGGCCAAUAGAGAAAGACCCCUUCAAAGCACGUCCGGACUCUUGAAAUUCAGUGACAAGGGAAUUCUUCAACUUCUCAAUGACGCAAACACUAGUGUUGUUUGGUCAUCCAACAUAUCUUCAUCCCUCCAAGAUUCAAAUAACUUAACUGCACAGCUCUUGGACUCGGGAAAUCUUGUUGUGAAGUACCAACACGCUAUGUUGCACAGCCAACAGGAUGCUGCCGAGGACUUCUUGUGGCAGAGUUUUGACUAUCCUUCUGAUAUGUUGAUGCCAGGAAUGAAACUUGGAUUAAACUUAGUUACUGGUCUGAAUAGAUUUCUAUCGUGUUGGAAAAGCUCAAAUGACCCUGCUAUAGGAGAGUAUUCUUUAAAAAUCAAACCCAGAGGGUAUCCGCAACUAGUUCAAAUGAAGGGAUCCAUAAUAGUUACUAGAGCAGGACCAUGGAAUGGUCUUUCUUUUUCAGGGUAUCCAUAUGCCAUGAACAUAUAUAGCAUCGAUUUUGUAGUGAAUGAUAAAGAGAUCUAUUAUCAGGUCACAAUGAGUGAUAGGUCCCUUUUCUCCAUAUACAGAACAAUCACUUCAGGUACGGGUAAUGUUUUGGUUUGGACAAGUCAAACAAGAAAUCAGGUUAAAAACACUCCAACUGAGCUGGUAGAUCAAUGUGAAAUGUAUGCCUUUUGUGGUUCAAAUUCUAUAUGCUAUAUGGAUGGUAAUGCUCCAACAUGUGAAUGUUUGAAAGCAUAUGUUUCCAAAUUUCCCAAACAAUGGAAUAUGUCUGAUUGGUCUAGUGGUUGUGUCAGAAAGACUUUGUUAGAUUGUAAUAACACAGAUGGGUUCUUGAGGUACAGAGAUAUGAAGUUGCCAGAUACAUCUUCAUCAACGUAUAAUAAGACAAUGAAUCUUGAGGAAUGUCGACAAUCCUGCUUGAAAAACUGUUCUUGUACAGCGUAUGCGAAUAUGGAUAUUCGUAAUGGAGGAAGUGGCUGCCUACUUUGGUUUGAUGAUCUCAUUGACAUGAGGAUGUUCUCUAAAGGAGGACAAGACCUUUACAUUAAAGUCCCUGCUUCAGAAUUAGCAGCGGCUAACGGCCAUGGGAAUAUGAAAAAUAAGAACGUUGGAAUCAUAGUAGGUUCGGUUAUCUUUGGAUUAAUCGCAUGCGCUGGCACAAUGUCGAUGAUAAUUAAAAAGAAAGGUGUAGCAAGAAAUAUAUGCAAGAAAAAGCAUAGUUGGAAAGACGUCGAUCUACCGAUAUUUGAUUUUUCAGUCAUAGCUAAAGCUACAGGAAACUUUGCAUCUAAUAAAAAGCUUGGAGAAGGUGGUUUCGGUCCCGUAUAUAAGGGCAUACUUCAAGAUGGUCGAGAAGUAGCUGUAAAAAGGCUUUCAAAAAGGUCUACUCAAGGGCUGGAAGAAUUAAAAAAUGAGGUGGUGUUGAUAGCUAAACUUCAGCAUCGGAAUCUUGUCAAGCUUCUUGGUUGUUGUAUUCAAGAGUCAGAAAAAAUACUAAUCUAUGAGUUCAUGCCUAACAGAAGUUUAGACCAAUUUAUUUUCGAUGAAACUGGACGAAAGUUGCUAGAUUGGCUAAAGCGUUUCAACAUUAUUAGUGGCAUCGCUCGAGGACUUUUUUAUCUUCAUCAAGAUUCUAUAUUGAGGAUAAUUCAUAGAGAUUUAAAAACCAGUAAUAUUUUGUUAGAUGGAAAUUUUAAUCCUAAGAUAUCAGAUUUUGGUUUAGCUCGAACAUUCUUAGAUGAUCAAGUUGAAGAAAAUACAAAUAGGAUUGCUGGAACAUACGGUUAUAUGCCUCCUGAAUAUGCAGUACAAGGACAAUUCUCUAUGAAGUCAGAUGUAUUUAGUUAUGGUGUAAUAGUAUUAGAGUUGAUAAGUGGAAAGAAGAAUAGGGAAUUCUCAAACUCUGAAAAUAACCUUAAUCUUCUUGGACAUGCAUGGAAAUUGUGGAUUAAUGAGAGGCCACUGGAAUUAUUGGAUGAAGUAUUAAGGGAAUGGUGCAACCCCACUGAAGUCAUAAGAUGCAUACAAGUAGGUUUAUUAUGUGUGCAACAAAGGCCAGAAGAUAGGCCUAACAUGUUAUCGGUGGUUCUAAUGCUAAAUGGUGAGAAAUGGUUGCCCCAACCGAAAUUUCCUGCAUUUUAUGUAGAUUGUGCUGGGACACCGAAAGAAGAAUCUUUAUCGGCAAACUAUGUAAAAUUCUCAGCUAAUGAAGUUUCCAUCACAAUGUUGGAUGCAAGAUAAAAUAUAGUGGUAACUGGUAAAAAAGAACUUUUACUUAUAGAAAAGAAGUAUUAGGUGAUUAAUAUUUUUUUUUGUAUUUGUCUUAUAUUUAAGCCAAUAUUAGACAUAAAAAGAUUAUUGUGGAACACAAAUUAACUUGCUUUUAUUAUUUUUUG